AUGGCUACCACGACGCCCGCCGCGGACACCCAGGAGCCUCGCCUGCCCUACGUCAUCUAUGAGGGCGACACGGUCAUCUGCCAGACCAGUGACGGCCGCAUGUUCUUCCAGGCCGUCACGAAGGACGAGUCCAUCCGCGUCGGCAAGAAAGUUGCAAGUUUGAAGCCUGUCAUUGGCUCGUUCUACGGCGCCAUUUUCGAGGAGCAGAACAAGAAGCUGGUGAAGGUGACCGGCGGCCUCUUCCCCGACCCAGUGGCUCCAGAGACUGGCGAGGGCUUCGUGCCCGAUGGAGACAACCGCCACUACGCGGACACCAACUCGGCACAGACCUUGAAGCAGACGGACAUUGGCGAGCUUCGCGAGAAGGGCGCGACUGGCAAAGAAAUUAUCCAGAAACUGGUGGAGAACAGCUCCACGUGGGAGACCAAGACGGAGUUCUCCAAGCAGAAAUACCUCAAGAAGAAGCAGCAGAAGUACAUGCCGCGCGUGCGUUUCUUGCGCUGCACGGCCGAGUCGCUGUGUCGCACGUACCGCUUAAAGAACCCGGCCAAGAUCUGCAACCUCCGCGAGGACUCGCUAGGCCAAGUGCUCGUCUACAGCAACAUUUUUGCCGGCGGUCAGGUGCUGGUGGUAGACACCUGCAUGGGCCUAGUGACGGGCGCAAUCGCGGAGCGGCAGGGCGGAUCUGGGCGCAUCAUUUGUCCGUACGAGGGCCAGCAACCGGCUGCCGAUAUCCUGCGUCGCUUCAACUUUGACAAACGCACGCUGGAGUCUAUCCACUACAUGCCGUUCAAACAAGUGCGGAUGCUGGAGUUGAAGGAAGAGGAAGUGGUCGAGCCGCCCAAGGUUGCGAGGGAUGGAUUGACCCCGGAGGAGCGUGAACGACUCGCAGCGGAGCGCGCGAAGAACUUCACGCCUCAGCAGCAGAAGCGCUACGCCGAGAAGAAGGCGCGCCGCGCGGAUACCAAGCUUAACCGUCAGUCCCCGUCGACGAUCCGCCAGUGGGCUCGUGAAAAGUCGGACAGCUUGGUUAUCGCUGCGAACUACGACCCGGAGGAGGUGUUGAUGGCGCUGCUGCCGUACUUGGGCCGCUCCAAGCCGUUCGUGGUCUACUCCGAGUUCCUCGAGCCUUUGACGCGAACGUUCGCCACGCUCCAAAAGAUGGAGGCCAUCAUCGACCUCCAGCUGAACGAAACGUGGACGCAUCCUGGACAUUCCGCCUCUUGGAGCAUCAGCAAGCGUCUCUGA